AUGACUGUGGCCUUAUGCGUGCUGGCUCUUCUCAUCACGCAAUUGUAUGGAAACUGGAACGCGGCUGCACGGGAACGCACCGCGCAUCCUGAGGAAAGUGUGGCUCCGCCUUGUCCCGUGGAGCAGCGCACACUGAUGGGACGCUUCCACGUUGUACCGCUGGUUUCCUGGAGCCAAUUCAUCAUAUUCUCCCAUGUGCUGGACAAAGGGAAGGCCAUCGCCCCAAGUGUGGAACGCGGGGUGCCACGGCGAAGCAUGUUCGGACGGCGAGGCGAAACCCUGCUCUGCAUUGUUCUUCUCUUAUGUGGAGACGUUCAGUUAAACCCGGGACCCGUGGUCCUGCCUAUGGCCUCUCAACAUCAACCACAGUUUAACUCUCUCAUCGCACCUACGACUGUCACUGUGUCCCCGUUCACUCCAGAGACUCCAAUCCCACACUACCUCACCUCUGUCAAGAUCGUGCUCACAUUAGUCAAAACCUACUCUCCCUUCCCUCUCACCUACCCCUAUACCUCAAGAAUCAUCCACUAA